AUGUCGACAAAUCGUCUGUACGACAUGAUGAUGAUGAUGAUGAUGAUGAUGAUGAUGAUGAUGAUGAUGAUGAUGAUGAUGAUGAUGAUGAUGAUGACGAUGAUGAUGAUGAUGAUGAUGAUGAUGAUGAUGAUGAUGAUGAUGAUGAUGAUGAUGAUGAUGAUGAUGAUGAUGAUGAUGAUGAUGAUGAUGAUGAUGAUGAUGAUGAUGAUGAUGAUGAUGAUGAUGAUGAUGAUGAUGAUGGUUAUCGAUAAGGUCAAAAUGUUCCCUUAG